UAUGUCAGGAGAGGACAACCAAUAGUUGGAGUAAUGAAUUAAAGUUCAGUAAAGUAGAUUUUAGUUGAGAGUAGAUUUCUGUAUGGAAUAUGGCAUUUUGCCAGUCUUGCAAAGCAUGUAGUUGAAGUUGAGUGGAGUUCAGUAGAAAUUGGUUUUUAGAAAGACGUUUUUUAGAAGGGAACACAUCAAAGAGUUCCAAGGAGCAAAGGAUAAACUGUCUGGAAAUGGAUCUUCUCGGGACUUUCUAAAAGAAAAAGAAGAACCUCGGGAAGUUUUAAGGAGAAAGCAAUAGAGAAGAAACUAGAAUAACCUGGACUGUAAGUCGAAGCCAUGGAGCUGCUGGAGGCAUUCUAUCGAAGGAAGCUCAGGAAGAAGCAGAAGAAAACGGAGCUGGGCCGGUCAGACGGGGGCCUGUGUCGGUCACCGUCGGAGGCCAGCGUCAACAGCCUGGCGACCGGCCUCAUCUCCAAAGUCCUCAGAUUCACCUCCAGACGCACUGAGCCGGCAUCUCGUCCUCAUUCAUGGCAUUCAUCGAAGCUCGAUGAAGGCCAGCAGGAGCUGGACCUGGGAGCAAUGGACAGCAUGAGCAGCAAGUGGCACCACAACUACCACGCCAGUGUCUCGACCAACGAUCUCUCCGGCGGAUUCGACUCUGGCUACCUGAGGAAGAGUCCGGACCAGUACAGCUCCAGGGGCAGCAUGGACAGUCUGGACCAUCCCCAGUCCUCCCAGCUUCACUCUGGAGCUCAGCACCAGCACUCACUGGCCCACCACAGACUCAGUGGACCCCACCCGGCCUACUCCUCCUGCCACCAGCUGUCCUCAGCCAGGUCGUCCAACAGCAUUGAACACUUGCACAGCAAGAGAGACUCUGCCUAUUACUCUUUCUCCACUAGCUCCAGCAUCCAAGAAUACCACGCCUCCACCCCCUCAAUCAGCACAGAGCGCUCCAGUUCACUGGACACCGUCCCUCAGAGAGCAGGGGGAAGUGGCGAGACGCACCAGGCUGACAUGCGUUACGCCCCGUCAGUUUACGACACCCAGCAGGGCAUCUUUCAGGAGCGCGAGCUGAGCUCCAACUCUGCCGUGUUCUUACGUAACAGCGACUCCAGAAGCGGGGGCGGAGCCAGGUCAGGGAUAGUUCGAGAUCUGGAAGGUUCAGUUAGCGGGGUUUGUUACCGUGGCAGCAGCAGCAGCAGCGGUGGUGCACCGGCAUCAAACAGACACAGUGUAGGACCAAUAUGGGCCCCGGCAGCCAACCGCAGCUCCUAUGAGAACCUGAAGGGGGCGCCUGCUCCACCAAGGCGCAGUGAUAGCUAUGCCGUUAUCAGGAGCCACGAGAGACCAAACUCCUGGUCCAGUCUGGAGCACGCCAGAUCACUACGUUCUCUGCAGAAAGGCUCCUGGCAUCACUCCAGUGGUAACGUUGCCUUAGCUAAAGGCUCGUAUGGUGCUGAGGGUCAGCUCCACACGGUGAUGGAGAAGAGUCCAGAGAGCAGCCCCACCACAAGGCCCCGUCAGGGUGGAGGCUUUCCUCAACCCCCGUCCCCUACCGGGCCUUCCUCUGGAUCUGCAGGCCCCACGCCACAGGCCAGCCGGUUUAUCCUUCCUACCAGCAUUUACCCUGUUCCCCAGCCUGAGCCACACUAUGCACAGAUGCCCAACUCCCCCAGCCCAGGCCCCUGUGGAGUCUACCCAGCCUUGGCCAAGGAGAGCAACCGGCAAACGCAACAUGAAGGAGCAACAGAGGGGCAGAGAGAUGGAAGGAUGUCAGCCACAGAAAAUGGAUACCAAACUAACACUUCAUCCUACCCCCACAGCUCUUACCCAACAGACAGGCAUCAACAGGAAGAGUCCAGCUUUGGACCCUACAACCCACGCAUCAAAACUAUUGGAGGGGGAACAGAGAGCGAGACAGUGGUCCAAAGAGCCCAGAAUCAUCAGAGCAUCCAAGAGCAGAAACAGGAUUUCCAUAUUCCCCAAAAUUACUCAGCCCCUGAAGUCAGGCGCGCAUCAUCACAGGAGAGGAGCGACCCCUACGCAGCUGUCCAGUCCUUGGGAGACCAAAACAGAUCAGUAGACCAGUCCAGCAUUCAUUCAGAGCCUGUAGCAUCUUCCAGGCUCACCCUUGGACAGGUUCCACCCAACCACUCACCUGGUCAGGCCCAGUCUCAGGCUCCACCCUCUUCUGCCUCACACCAUUCUCCCCAGCACCUCAGCGACUCAUCCGCUCUGCACUACCAGAACUGGGACCACGGAGAGCAGGACAAAGACAAAGAGCACCCACUGACCCGCCUGGAGCUCGCCCUUGCCGAGGUCCAGCGGUGCGGCAGCCCUGAAAGCAAUGCCCCCCAAGGGCCCGCUCGCAGCCUCUCUGUUUUGGAGAAAGUCAGUCGCUUCGAACGUCAACAACGCAACGGAAAGCAGCGCAGUCACAGCACCUCACACAACAAGGCCCAUCUACGGAAUCAGAUCACAGACAAAGGCCGCAGCGCUCCUUGUGGAACAGAGGACCUCAGAAACAUACUGGAGAGAAGCACCAAGGGCAUCAAAGUCCAAAGGACUCCGAGCUACAGAGGAGGCAGCAGUGAGCAUAUGAAACACAGAACUCCAACAGAUCCAGUUUCAGCCCUGCAGAGGAGUCGCAGCAGCUUCCAUCUAGAUGGAUCCAAGGAGGAGGACAGCAGCAAGAACUUACCCUGGAGACAGGAAAUCCAAGAGAUCAUGGCCCCAAUGCAGGACACAUCCACAAACAGAUCUUACAGGGACUCCUUGAAAGACGCCCAGUCUAAGGUCCUACGAUCCACCUCCUUCAGACGGAGGGACCUCACCUCAUCGGGCAGUGCCCAGCCUGCUCCAGCUCCUCCUUCUGUCUCCUCCCCUGGCAGCCAGCAGCCUCCACCCGUCCCUCCCAAAUACCACUCACUGGAGAAAAAAGGCCCCACGACCAUGCCAAAGCCACGGGGCAUUGUCAUCACGCCACAGUCACAACCUCUGGUCACUUCCGCUCACACACCCAAGGAGAGGCACUUGGUUACUCCCGAUGUUCGAGGCUCUAGCCCACCACCCCUCCCCAGCAUCCCACCCGUUGGACAGCCUCCUUCACGGCGGAUUUGUGGCCGCAAGCGUUUGACGGCAGACCAGAAGAAGCGCUCAUACUCAGAACCAGAGAACAUGAAUGAGGUUGGGAUUUCUGACCCAGAGACCAUGUCCUUAUUCCGGCGUGGAGGAGAAACCAGUGUGGCAGACCGUCGGAAGGUGUUUGAACCUGCUGCAGGUUCUGUUGGGAGUGGAGCUUCUCAGAAUGCCAUAUCAAGGCCCGACCUGCGACAAGUGCAGCAAGAAGCUCUCGCUAAGUACAUAGAGAGGAAGAGAGGCGUGAGGAAAGAUGAGGGAGGACAGAGGAGCAUCUCGAGGCCUCGCAGUGCUUAUUUUCAGCCUGAAAAUGUUAACCAUGCAGCCUCCUCCUGUUACUCAGACUCCCUCAGCCUCUCCUCCGCUUCCAGCCUGCUCUCCCUCCAAGACCCAUGUCCAGCUUCUCCUCAGGGGGAGAAGCACCCCAACUCAACUCUUCUUCCUGACCUGCGGAGCCACCAGUCUAACUUCUUCUACCCAGGCAGGGUCACCACACCGAGGCCACCAGCUCACCCACCAUCAAGCACUCCUUCUGGCUCAACUCUUGAUCAGAUCUACCAGGAUCUUGUUCCUGAAGCAGAGCUCAGGAGACACAGCCAGUCAUCCAUCAGAGAGCCGAGCCUGGGCCGUGAACAGCAAGUUGCAGAGCCUCAAGUCAACCGGGGACUGUCUAAGCAGCUCAAUGUUGCUCUGCAGAAGGCUGGGUCAGUUCACAAAACAGGGAAGUCAGCCUCAGCUGAGAAUCUCCUGGAGCGAUCCGAGGACACGCGAGCCCCCCCUCAGCACUUUCGCUCUCGUUCAUCCCCCAUCAUGGAGAGACUAAAUGAGGACUUCCUUCCAGACGAUGUCCGGAUGUUUGGCGUCUUCAUCUCGGAACAUGAACGCUGUGCUCUGGCUGCCGACAGACCUGCAAACGUCCAUGUACCAGAAGGCUUCAUCUCUCCAUCCCAGAACAGCAUGAACACCUCCCAGCCCAUAGGACCCUCUACAGGCUUCUCCCAAACACCGGUCAUUCGUAAGGAACGGCAGAGGAACAGCGAGCGCCAGCGUGCCCAAAGCACCUCCACCUUGGCAGCCUCUGUUGGCCUGCCCUACCCAUUGUCAACACCCAGGACUCAGGAAAGAGGCAGCGAUGAGUGGCAAUCAAGCGAGAGGUUGAGCCAGGCCAAUCUGGAUGGCAUCACUUUCCCUGGCAUCCAGCAAGUGAGCGUAGGCAGUGGUGAAGAAAGUAACAUUUCUGGUGUUGAACGUGAAAAACAGAGUAGACACAGUUUGAGUGACGCCACCCUGUUACAGGACACCGCAAAGCACACUUACAGAGGCAGAGCCUCCAGUUUAGAGAUAAGAGGCGGACUUUCUGAAGAAAAUGUAAAACCAGUUUCCCCAGUGACACCAACCUCACCUAAAAGGAAGGGUAGCGGAAGCAGCACAUCCUCUCCUCUGCCGUUCUCCCAUCCGACUGUCCACCUGUCCUCACUGCGAAUCUCAGAGACCAGCCUCUUUGGCUCCGUCAGCCAACAGCAACCUCCCAAAACUUCCACAGGCACACCACUGGAGGACUAUGAUGAGGUCUUCCUCCAAAAUCCUGCACCACCUCCUUCUCCACCUUUUUCUCCUCCAAUCAGGGAGACAAACAUCACUGAGGAUUUCCCUCCUCCACCUCCUCCUGUGGAGCUGGAGCUGGAGGCUAAGGAGGAGACAGUGGGAAGUUCCACUUCGGAGUUCUCCACCAUUUCCACAAGAAAGUCUUCCCCCCAGUUUUUACCAGUCAGCUCUUCUUCUGUGCCCAGUCAACUUCCUUCAAUGCAACCCUCCACCAUCACUCCAACCACCACAUCUGCCACCACAGAGGACAACCUAAGCCUUGAGUACCAGCCGCUGCCCAAAAGGGAGAAGACAUCUGAAGAGCUGAGAGUGGAGGCUCUGGCUCAGCAGUUGGUGUUGCAGGACCCCUCUCUAGCGCCCCUCUUGGACACGUGGGGAGGUAAAUCCACUAUAGAGCUAUUGGAGGAGAUCUUUCCAAACAGCAAACUGAUUGGGAAAUCACAAUGGACCCACAGAGGCAGCAGCCAAGAGGAUGACAGGACCCAGGCUGGCAUCUGCGAUCCUGCUCAGAGCACGGCGGCAGAUCAAAAGAAGGAGCCCAAUCUGGAUGAAGAAGAGAAGGAUCUUAACACCAGGAAGGUGGAGCUGUGUGAAGCUCUUAGGAGCAGCGUGGUGGCUCUGAAGCGGGAGAAAGAGGCGCUGUGUGAGGAGCAGAAGCAUCACAAGGCGCUGGGGGAUAGCAUCGACACAAUGGUGCAGGACCACCUCAAAACCAACGAGAAGGACAAGUACAGCGUGUUCAUCGGUGAUCUGGAGAGGAUCGUGAACUUGCUGCUGUCUCUGUGCAGCCGGCUGUCGAGGAUUGACAGAUCUCUGCUCGCUCUGCAGAGAGACGGGCUGUCGCCAGAAGAAGCGGCUGAAGAGAGGGACUCCCUUAAUCACAAGCGCUCUCUCCUCCUUCGCCAAACCGAAGACGCUCGAGAGCUGAAGGAGAACCUGGACCGGCGGCAGCGCGUGGUACACGCCAUCCUGUCCAGUUACCUCAGCGAACCCCAACUCCAAGACUACCGGCGCUUCGUCAGCACCAAGCCCUCCCUUCUGAUCCGCCAGCGACACCUGGACGACCUCAUACGACGGGGAGAGGAGCAGCUGACGCGAUUGGCCGAGAGCCUACCAGCAGAGCUGGCAGAGGCCAACGGCUGGCCCGCAGCAAGCCCCGUGCCCUGCUCUUCUUUGUUUCCACCACUGCUUCCACCCGCUGCAAUUAUAAGCCCUAGCCACGUGGUCAGAUCUACCACUGUGACAUCACUGUGACAUCAUGAACACGAAGGACAGGUAGCACCAUAAAAACUGAAGGAGCUUUACACGAAGGAUGCCCCAAAACAGGCUCCGCCCAUUUUGAAUUGACUAUGCAGACUUCACACAUGAAGAAAAGCCUUUAAUGUGCCUCUUUCUGUUCACGCCUGACUGCACAUUAGGCCUCUGUUCACCUCAACGCCAGCAACUAGACAAUAUUUCUAACCACACUCUGCUGGUUGAGUGAUUUUAAGGUCAGAGGAUUACCAGGAAAGUUUAUCAUCAAAUCCUUCAAAGGACAAUUCCAGCAUGGUGGAUGAUUUUCUCCAUUUUUUUAAACACUUAGACCUCUUCUGCUUUUUUUGGGGGGGGGGUCUUGUUAUAUAUAUCCUGCUUCAGUGAUGGAUUAAACAUGGCCAAAGUUUCACUUUCACAUAGGUUUUUCUACUCUGGGAUCUGUAUGGUGUCAUAAAGACGGGAUACCCAGUGUUUCCCACACAUAAUCCUUCUUACCCAUUUCUCAGUUUGUACUUCCUCACCUCUUCUUCUUGCAUUUUAGUUCCUUCCACCAGAGAACCGAAAAGAGAAAGUGAGGAAGAGACACAAAGAAAGGGGAAGAACAAAAUGAGGCACUGCUGCUUUAAAGCGUUACACAUGAAAUGUGGCAUAUAGUUCAUACUGAUGUAUUUUACACAGCAAGCCUUCAUUUUCUUAUCAAAAAAAAUCCACAAAAAAAGGAGUGCUGGAAGUGCAAGUAAUGCGAGGUACAUGAAGAGACAAACAGGACUAUUUAUACACACUCAAAUGUAUAUAGUCCUGAGGCACAGGUGGGAACAGUCACACACAGGUGAAACUCAUGAGUGCAGGGCAGGCAAUCUCAAAAGUGGAAGUAAAACCACAACGAGACACACAAAGACACACAAAAGACAGACGUAGCUUCCAGGUUUAAAAAGUAAUGUCAACACACAAGUGCCUUAAAACUGCUGAGACCUGUGUAAACAUUUUCCUGAUGAGUUUAUGGGCUCAGUCAAAAAAAAAAAUCAAAGCUUCAAAACAUGUGACACCACGGUGGCUACAGAAAACGGGUCAUAGCCAAUUACAUAAAAAACACUGAAGCAGAAACACAUAGAAAGAACAGGAAAAUAACACGCUGGAUUUAUGAAUGAAUGCUUCAGUGUGGAGCUUUCAGGCAUAAAACACUUGUGUAUCCUCACUCUGCUCUGACCUCCAGAUGUUUUUUAGAAACUGGGACAUUCUUCAAGAUGGUUCUGUUAGACUGAUUUCCAGGUCAGGGCAGGAGGAGAAUGCACAAAAUAGAGCAAUGAAAAACCCUGUAGACUAUGUGUACUCAGGUUAGGGUUAGUAUAGUUAAUAUACCAUCCAUGGUAUAGUUACUAGUGGACAAUCUCCUUGCUUUUCUAUUCUGAUUUCAUUCAGCUGCUUCUCUGUAAAGGGUGUUAUCCUUUGUUUAGAUGGGCUUAAACUCCACCACCUGCAGUUGUUGCAAGAGAAAGAGCUAAAUCCACUUGUUACAGGCAGAGUUGCCCCAGUAUAAGACAAAUAAAGAUUAUUUUAAACUGUGAAUUAUGCAAAGCUACUCUAGUAGAGCCCAAGAAUAAAUCAUAUGGAGGUAAAUUAAAUAUUACUACACUGGAAUUGUCCUUUAACUGACUGGUGAUACUUUCAGGAGCCUCAAACAUUCAGACCUUCCUCCAUGAGGUCUUUCUAUCUGAUAGCUGGUGCACAUGAGCAGUUACCUCCCAAAGAGAAAGCACCACCAUCUUUAAAAGAUCAUCAUCUUCUCCAUCUUUCCACAGAGCCUGCCUCACUCUCACAUCACCUUAACCUUAAUGAACACCAAAAUCAGAGGGACUAUGAUCUCGUUUCACUGGACAGAAAGCAAAAAAAUCCUGAAGACGAACUGUAAUCGUCACUGUCAUGUUAAACUGUAACACAACUACUGCCACUGCUGUCUGCACAUCUGCAGCUUGUAGCACUUUGUAGCAGUCCCACUGCUGUUUGCAGCAGAAAUCACACUGACCCAUAAACACUGUCGUAUGCCUCUCAUCAAGUCUGACGCUUCACGAUUCCAAAGACUUUCACAGGCUGAGAUUUCUUCCAGAUUUCAUCUUGGUUCAAUUUUGGACUUUGGAGGGGGUUUUUAUGUCAGAAAUGUUGCCAGCUACAGUAGUCACCUUAAAAUCCACUGAUUUCCAACAGAUAUCAACUUAAAAAAGAAUAAUCGGAAAAAUAACCCAAAGAUAUUUAACUUUGUGGUGCUGAGAAGAAGCAAACCUUUACAGUUGAGAGGUUGUAAUGUUCUAACUUUCGGAUCAUUUAUAGAAACAUUUUCAGUUCCAGGAAACCUUUAAAUUAACAAUAUGUUUCCCACUAUGUAACAUGACAUUUUAUUUUAAUUAUCCUUCUUUCAGAACGACUUUCAGUUUCAUAGAAAACUGAGAAACAUAUUUUUAAACUCCUUUCAGUCCAGCUCUCUCAGAGAAAAGAAAGACCCACACUGUAAAACCUUUAGAUGCCAGAUUUGCCUGUGCAUCAGUUUCUUCUCUUAUCCAUCCAUUCAUUCGUUUUCUGCCACUUAUCUGAGUGCAGGCUGUGGGAGUAGCAGUCUGAGCUCUCCUCUCCCUGGCCCCCUCCUCCAGCUCUUCUAUUAGCCAAGACAUCUAAUCUCUCCAGUGCAUCCCGGGUCUGAACCAGGCCUCCUCGCAGUUGGACAUAACAUAAAACACCUCAUUUAGGUGGAGGAGGCAUCGUAGUAUGUCAUUUAACCUCAGCUCUUUCUCCCUCUCUGCCUGAUACCGAAAAUACCCGUAGCCUUACUCUGUGUUGAAUCCAACAUCCCUGUGCUGACGUUUUGACACAAAUUCAACUGGUGGCUGUUUUUUUUUUAAUUGUUAAUCUAAAACUGUCAGGAUGUAGGACCUGAACUUUUUUGGCCUUUGAAGCCAGGCGUCCCUGGAAAAAUUUGAAAUAUGAGUUUGGUUACUCACUGAGAUUAUUUCUCAAGCUGUGUUUACACACGUACCUGAACAGAGAUGUUCAGAUUUAAAACAUUAUGGUGGUAAAACUGACUUAAAAUUGGUGGUGUGUCCCUUUAAUUCUGUUUCAGUUGACCCCACUGACUUCUUACUUAAAUAAAUUUAGGUAAUUUUUUUUUUUAAACACAGAAAAUGUGUUGUCAGGUGAGUAAAGUACAAAAGGAAACAAGUGCAAAAUGGUGACCUUUUUAUUUUUAAUCCUUACAUUUUUUCUUUGUUUGAUACAUUUUUGUCAUAUCUAGGCUUCCAUAGUCCUCUGUGACUCAUUGGAGGAUCAGGUUUAUAAACUUUUCUCACCUUGCUGUAUAACAGGCACCAUUUGGCUUCCCGUCCCUUCAUACAGACUCCGAAUGGUUUCAUUUCUGCAGUAUAUGAUAUUUAUUUGCUUCUGAUCAGUGGCGGGUUUUUGACUUUUAUUCCACGCCUACGUGUUUAGUUUUGAGAGCACCUUUUAAAUAUUCUCCAAGCAGUACAACACACACACACUGCCGCAUGCCCUCCUCUAUAACCCCAGUUGUACUGUUGAUUACUGUUUAUUUUCAGAGGCACUAAAGAAUAUCUCGAAAAGAUUCUGGUUUAUUGUUGAAUGAAAUUCAAUGUUUGUUUUCUGAAAGACUUAAGAACAAUAAAUAAAAAGUAACAACUUUUUUUUUGCUAAAUAAAU